AUGCACGAGAUCAUUCAUUUAUCCCAUUCAACCCAGGCAAAUCAUCUGACUACACAUUUCUAUAACGCUCAGAAUUCAUAUUUUGCUUACAAUGAUUCAGAUAUUGGAACUAGGUCAUUUGUAGAACCUUCAGUGUUGUUUCGGCAAGGCCUUGGCACAGAUCAUAAAACGCAAACUUUUACCCCGCGGGCUAUAAUUUGGGACAUGCGUGGAGGGUUUGGUGCCAUGAAGAAAUCGAAUCCUAUUUACAAUUACGAAAAAGUUGAAAUGAAUUAUGGUGUUGCCGAUGAAUUUGAUUUAUGGUCAGCCGAGUCUAAGAAACUCACACUUGAUACUAUCAAUAAGGAUUCUACAAUCAAGCAAGAAAAAAUCCCUUUAUCUGAAUACCAGCAAGCAUUGGAUUUGGGAAGGGCCAAUCAUUCCAUGCUGAAUACUGAAAACACAAAGUAUUGGUCGGAUUAUCUAAAUAUUUACUAUAAUCCACGACUUUCAUUCCACACUCUUCCGAAUUGGGAGUACAAUCCAGAUACCGCACCGUUGGGACAAGUAAGAGGAGAAACCGGCCCUGAGGCUCGCAAAUUUUUGAGUUACGACACUGGUGUCAAUGAGUUUAAAGAGGUGAAUUCUAUGGGGCUUGAUGGUACCUAUAUUGAAGACACAUUGCGGCCGUUUAUUGAAGAAGCAGAUAAUUUAAGUGGCCUUUCAUUAGUAUCCGAAGUUGAUACUGCAUGGGGUGGGUUUUCAGCAAAAGUAAUUGAAGAGUUUAGACAAGAUUAUGCCCCCAAAACCCCAUUAUUUGCAUGGGGUCUUUAUGAUGAAUGCCUGACUGCAGAAUUAUAUUCAUUUAACAAGGGGAACAAGUACAGAGGUGGUGAUAGGAAAACAAGGAUUCAAGCACUUUCUCGAAUACAGAGCACAAUAGCAUUAGCCAAAUCUGCAUCUUUAGUAAUUCCCUUGUCGAUACCAUCCAAGAUACCAGAAGAAGAAUUAAAACUUUUUGACGUGAAAAGUAUGUGGCAUCGUGCUGCAAUGUUUAUGCUCCCUUUUGAAACAAUAAGCACACUUUCAAGUUUAAGAACUGGGUGUGGUCGUGUAUCAAUGCAAAAUAUAUUGGGAGAUAUACAAGGUGGAAGCAAUCGCAAUAUUGUUUCGAGUAUAUCUAGUUCUCUUGUACAAGAAAAAGAAGAAAAUAUCUCUAAUAGUGAUGAUGUGCAAAAGUCAUUAGAUUCCCGUUUGAGCAUUUAUGAGAAAUUUGGAAGUAUGGGGAUUAUUGGGAAAAAUAAUAAGAAAAACAUUAACUAUACUACUAUGGACAUGACUGGAUCAUUGUUUCGUGGAUUAGAUGACUCAUCAUCAUCUUCUGUCCGAUAUUUUACAAAAGUUGGGUCAAUUAGAGAUGUUGAGUGCGUUCAGCUAGAGAAAUCAGAUACAACAUUUGAUACAUUAUUUAAAGCAUCUGAAUUGCAGCAGCUUGGAACUUCAGAGUUUUCUUUACACCAAUACAAAUGCUCACAGCCGUUUGCCACAUCGUCAAGCGUACCUUCAUUUCCAUCGAAUGAACUCAAUAUGAAUUCACCAGAAACUAAGAAUGUUUAUACAGAAAUGGGUAUGACUUCAUUGACUCGAGUUUACAUGAAGAAUUGCUUAACAACUUUGGAGAAGAUUACCAGGUCGACAGAUGAAGGCAUCGACGAGUUGAAAGAAGAUAUUGCAACAAUUACAGAAGCAUAUGAAUGGGGAUGGACAGAUAGUGAUGAUGAUUUUUUUGAUGAUGAUUAA